GCGCGACUAGCAAAUAGUGCAACAUGGUGUAGGCCCUGGUUUGUUUAUGUGUCUAAAUGACAAUCUGGGGUUUAGACCUCUGCGCUUCACUUGAGAUGCCUCAUGCUGAAAACAUUACUUCACAAUGUGAUCGUGAUUCUUCGGAGCCAUGUUUAAAAAAACUCAGAACUGAUGACAAUGCGCACCGGCCAGGUGAAAGCAAUGCAGCACAUGCACUGACGGAAGGCAGCGUGACUCAAUCCCAGGAACAAUGUUUCUUCGGGGCAGCCAAAUAUGAACCAGACCAUGGCAACGUUCUAGGUAUUGCACUUAAUAAAGAUUAUCGCACUGGUUAUGGAAAAUCAUUACCCAGUUCUGGAGUAGGUUCUGACCAUGAGCCUAAAAAAUGCAAAUAUCAAUCCCAAAACCAAAGCGAUUCACGUGGAAACUGCCAGAAUCCUUCAAAAUGUGUGUUUCCUAAGGUGGGCGAGACCAAAGAUUGUUCAUCUGCCGCAUGCGAUGGUGAGUUUUCAGAAACCGCUUUUAUUGGGCCUCUCUUUCCACCUCCACCUAAAGGACCGAAUGUUACUGGACGUUCUAACAGCGAUGGCAAGCAGAGUCCUGGUGCUUCAUGUCCUUGUUACAAUAUAACCACUGUGGAGUUGGGGAAAAAUCAAAGUCGGUCAAAACAUGCCAAUGGUCUGGACUAUGAAUUACGUCAGUUUUACAAGGAACUGCAUGUGCUUGAAGGAGAAACGUAUAAUGAAACUGUUAGUUUUAAGGAAAAUGAACACUCGGUUUCUAUUCAGGAGCCGGUAUCUGAAAAUGGUCCAAGAAACCGUGCACCAGCUUCGCAAGUGGAAUGUGAUGCCACCCAGCGUAAUAAUCAGGCUUUUCAUGCUAGACCGGCAAACUGGGGGGGACCGAAUGUGACCUACAGACCAAAUAGUCAUCUAAGCAAUACAGUGCCACCAAGGUUUCUUGGGCCCCCACCCCCACUUUUUUUUAUUCGUUAUGGGCCACCCCCUCCAGUAUGUCUUCCAUCAUAUUUUCCAGACAAAAAUAUCAAUCCAUAUGAACCAUAUCCUCAAAGUCACAAUCAUUCCGGUUACGGGGUUGGGUUUCAGAGACCUAAUAUCCAAGAAAAGUCUAACAAUGUGUGUAUUCCGAAGAACAGCGGGUAUAAUGAUCAAGGGAGUCGCUCUAGAAGGUUGUUGCCAGAGGAUGAUUACAGACUCAGACAGGAACCGAGGACUGAGGAAACCUUGGGACAUAAAGAGCCACAUUUACCGCAUAAUCCAGGGAUUUUACCCCAGCAGUGUCACGUUCAGUAUGGGGACAAUAAUAACAAGCCGAGUAAUAGCAAGAGACUCAUUCUUUUAAGAGGGGUUCCUGGCUCAGGCAAGAGUACACUGGCAUGCAAUCUGCUUGAACUCCAUCCGGAUGGCAUUGUGUUCAGCACGGACGAUUAUUUUUGCCAGAGGGAAGGAUAUACGUACAAUGUGAAACUGCUUGGAGAUGCUCAUGACUGGAACCAAGACAGAGCUAAAAGAGCAAUGGAUGAUGGAAGAUCCCCGAUUAUAAUUGACAAUACUAAUAUUCAAGCCUGGGAAAUGAAACCGUAUGUGCAAAUGGCCUUAGAGAGGGAUUAUAUAGUUGAAUUCCUGGAACCAGACACCUGGUGGAAGCUCGACCCACUCGAGUUAGAAAAGAGAAAUACCCAUGGUGUACCUCGUGAGAAAAUUUCCCAGAUGCUGGAUCGUUACGAAUAUGAUGUAACCGUUCCGGUUGUGUUAAAUUCCGUGGAACCGCCGCGCCGGCGUCUGCAAAGACCCCCUCCGCAGCCCAGGCAGAGGUGGGGAGGCUCUGUAGACUUCUCACACCACAGCAGUGCAUUUCACAACAGAUAAAACGCUUCUUGCAUCUUUUAAUGAAUACAUUGGACACUCGUUAUAUUCAAGUGUUUGAAACUCCAGUUAAGGGCAAUACCUCAC